AUGGCAGAAAUAAGUGAGAUCAGGUUUGGUGAUCUUUACCAAGAACAACUGUCUGAAAAAGUGAAACGCAAUUUAAAAACAGCUUCACUUAAAAAGGGAAUCAAAAAAAGAGAUGAAUCAUGGCAAUCAAAUGUCUCUUGUAUUUCUAGCACUAAUACAGAUCCAAUUGAAGAAAAUGAUUGUCUGGCAGAUCGUUUUAAAAUGUUACCACCUACUAUGAACAGAGUUCCUCGUAGUUCUAAAACAUCAGAGAAUAACAUGACACAUAAUGUUAGAAAAUCUUUACUAUCAUCACAGAAUAAAUGUCAUCCCUGUGACAUUAAUAAAGAAUUUCCUAAGAGAAAACAGAAAUGCAGGUCUUGUAAUAAUAGUGAAAAACAUAACAAUACUGUUAGUUCCAUAGAAAUUUCUACUGAUACUUGGCUAAAUAAGAAAGUUACAAUUUUUACAGACUGGAUAGUCAUGUUAAAUGAAAAAAGUCAGUUAAUUAUUAAAGGCAUGUUACAAUGUGGAAAGCUUGCUCGAAGUAAGCCUAUUUUGAGGAGAUUGACAAGUACCAACGUUGAAUCUGUUUAUCAACAUUUGUAUUGUUUGCAAGGAAAUAUUACUGAUAAUGAGUAUGAAUUACCAGAAUACGUUCGAAAUAAAUUUUACAAUGGAUUUCCUUACGAUUGGAAAAAUGUUUGUAAAAUUUGGAAAACAUUUAUACAACAAGGAUGUUGUACAAUUUUUCGUUGGCCUACUCCCAUUACUGACAGUGAUGAUGAUAUAAAAAGUGAAGUAACAGAUAUCACCUUUGCAUGUUCAAAUAGUUCUGAAGAUAAAAUAUUAAAUUCAAAAUCUUUUAAAGAGUCUCGUGUACCUAGAGUUUCAGCUGUUACCAAUUCUUCAUAUAAUAACUUAGAGACAAAGAACAAACAAAGUCUUAGGUCAAAUAGUUCCAAGAAAUGUGAUUCAUCCACACAAACAUAUGUAUCUGAUAUAACUGAAAAUUCAUUUCAUCCAGUCAAUAUUCAGACUUCAAAGAAGCAGUAUAACAAGAAUAAAGAAAAUUACACUGAUAGUGUAUUACAAAAAAAAAGAACUUUUGCAGAAAUGAAUGAAGCUAAUUGUAGCAGUAUUUCCGACAGUAAAAGUGAAAGAUGUACAGAAAUUCCUAAGAUAUCGAUGAGAAGAAUGAAACAACGAAAAGAAGCAUUAAUGAAACCUUAUGAACGUAAAUUAAUACCUUGUCGACCAGGCUGUAGCGCUGAGAAUAUCUAA